AUGUACCGGGUCCCUGCUCUCCCGCUCCGCUGCACCCUCGCCCUUCCCUUGGUGUCCACUAUCCAGAGCCCCCAGGCCUCGUCGCCUAGCUCCUCCCCUUGCUGGCAACCCGCAAAGGUGGGCAGGACCGGACUGAUAAUCAGAAAAGCACUGAUUGUGCUGGCUCAUUCUGAGAAGACUUCCUUCAACUACGCCAUGAAGGAGGCUGCUGUAGAAAUUUUGAAGAAGAAAGGAUGGGAGGUCACUGUGUCAGACCUUUAUGCCAUGAAUUUCAACCCCCUUAUUUCCAAAAAUGACAUCACAGGUAAACUAAAGGAUCCAGAGAACUUUAAGUAUCCUGUUGAGUCAGUUCUGGCAUAUAAAGAAGGCCGUUUGAGCCCAGAUGUUGUAGCUGAACAAAAAAAGCUGGAAGCUGCGGACCUGGUGAUAUUUCAGUUCCCGUUGCAGUGGUUUGGAGUCCCUGCCAUUUUGAAAGGCUGGUUUGAGCGAGUUCUCACUGGGGAGUUUGCUUACACAUAUGCUGCCAUGUAUGACAAGGGACCUUUCAGGAAUAAGAAGGCGGUGCUUUCCAUCACCACUGGUGGCAGUGGCUCCAUGUACUCUCUCCAGGGUAUCCACGGGGACAUGAACAUCAUUCUCUGGCCAAUUCAGAGUGGCAUUCUGCAUUUCUGUGGCUUCCAAGUCUUAGAACCUCAGCUGACAUAUAGCAUUGGGCACACUCCAGCAGAUGACAGGAUCCAGAUCCUAGAGGGAUGGAAGAAGCGCCUGGAGAAUAUUUGGAGUGAGACUCCACUGUAUUUUGCUCCAAGCAGCCUCUUUGACCUAAACUUCCAGGCAGGAUUCUUGAUGAAAAAAGAGGUACAAGAGGAGCAGAAAAACAAGAAGGUUGGCCUUUCUGUAGGCCAUCACUUGGGCAAGUCCAUUCCAAAAGACAACCAAAUCAAAGCCAGCAAAUGA